AUGGAAAGGUUUGCAUGGUUGUAUUGUUCAGUACGCAUGCAUGAUGAGAUCUACUAUGUAAACCAAGGUCCAACAGCCACAUAUGCUGUUUAUAUUGGAUUGACCGGGGCAACAAAGAAAGCUGCAAAUCAGCCACAUGUAAAUGAGGUAGAGAAUCGCAUUAAACUUCAAAAAACUAAAGAAGAAGCACUUCACAACAAAUUCAGAGUGUAUGAUGAUGAAGUUUCGGAUGAAAGAAUGCGAUGCAACAACACAUUAAUUCGCUAUGGCUGCAUGAAAUUCCAUAAAAGCAUCGCACAGAGAAGCAUGAAACCAAAGUUUCUUUUUGGGUGGAACAGAGAAAAUAAUCCUGAUAAGGUGAGAACAAAUGGCUUAGUAGAGAAGUGA